AUGCAGCCAAACCAGGUGGAAAUUGAUGAAGCUUUGGCAGCGUCUCUGCUGUACGAUGAUCCUGAAUCGAUAAUUUACGAUGAAGUUACUCUGGCGAAAGAAUGGCAAGAUAUGGAAGGCAAUCCUCAAAUCUCUCUAAGUGAUGACGAAAAAUAUGCUAAAAUGUUGCAAGAAGAAGAAUUGAAUGGUUCGACCUCCCUUCACUGUGGAAGUUCAUCACAUCAACAAGGUCAUGUUGGGGGUUCCAUAGAUACUUCAUCUCACAGUUUUCAGCCUCCUCCUCCUAGUGGUGAUGUUGAUCCUGACAAUAUGACUUAUGAGGAGAAUCAAUUGGAGCGGUCAACAAAGGAUUGUCCAAGAGUACAAUCGAUCAAAUACCAACGCAUAAAUUUGGCGCGAGUUCGUGGUUUAGAAAGAAAGCUUCUAGCUCCGGAGAAACUGAGUAAGAACUAUUUUAUUGUUUUAUUGUUUCGUGUAUGA